GUCUCCGCUUGCUGCUUCGGGUGCUGUAUUUUUUUUCUGUGUGUGAAAUUCGACUUAUAAAAACUUCCAAUCCAUCAAGGAGCAGUGUAGUGAAGGAAAAUUUUCUGUAAAGAUUUGUCCCGGAUGGUGCAGUGAAUUCGGUUCAAUUCCUCCGGAAAACAGUGCAAUUCGGACGGGGAACGAUCCCUUUCGCGAUCAAGCGUACUACUUUGGGGCGAAAAGUGUUAUUUUUUGGGGUAAAUUUACACAAAAUGGAAAUUGCAAGCAAUGGCAAAAAUGAUGAUUGUAAUUGUUUUGAAGGGAGAGCAACAGCGAAGAAUCGAUAGAGAUGAAAAUGAUCAUCAUCAUCGUCACGAAGCCAAAAAGAGUGAAGUUAUUGUGAAGUAACGAUUUGCAAUUUAGUAAAAAUAAGAUAAAUACGUCGUGGCGUUGCAUAGUGGAAAUAAGAUUUUGCACGACAGAAAAAAGUGUUCUGCUAAAAUGGUUUUUCUCGAAGCUGGAGUUGGCUAAUCGAGUGACAGCAAAAUCGGAAAAUCCUAAUGGAAGAAGAUUGUAAAGGGUGGUGAAUAAUGUCAGAAGAAAAAAUUGUGUUUUCAAGCUCACAAGUGCUACAAAAUCCUGAUCAAAGCAUAGUUUCGGGAAGAAAAUAUUGAUUAGAUCGUGUCCAGUGACCGGAAGGCGAUAAAAUAAGUGGAAAUCUACAUUUCGGGAAUCUGAUGCGUUUUGGCUGGCAGGAAAAUUAAGAAAACGUAUCGGGGAGGAAAAAAAUCAGUGCUAAAGUACAUACCACAAGCAGUUAGUGUUGGUUUUGGGGCGGCAGAUAGCGCCACCGGUUUGUUUUUGUCUUGACUGUAUACAAAAGGUGGGAACGAUAAGGGAGCAUCUGGUGGGAAAAGCAGCAAACCGCUGCUGUGACGUUCAGGCGUCACCACGCUCCAUGACGUUCAAGGAUCAACAUAAGUACGAUGGUACAGGAAUAUAAGGAUUUGCAUAGAUGUCACGCAUCAUCAGCACCCCGCUAGGAGUUUUGAUUUUCGCGGAGAAACAUAAAUCGAUUGAUUGUCGUCGGAACUGGAGAAGGAACGGGGAAUUAAAAACAUUGUCCAAUGUAACUAGACUUAUCCACAUGCAAUUAACAAUAUUUAAACACAAGCAUUAAUCAUACCGAAAACAAGCAAGAAAUACUACAUAAAGCUACCGAAUAACAAGUCGCCCUUACUAGUGCGAGUUCCACAAUUGAGGGACCGUUUUACAGGACGUGUCCCUAAAAAAACCGUAUUUCGGAGACCUGUAGCAAAGGGUCGCCACCACCAAACGCAAACCCACACUUCUACCGUUCGAUCGUUCCAAUCGCUCCCUGCAACGGUGGCAAACGACAACAGCUGCUCGUCGUUGGCUAAGUAUGUCGCAGAAGGGCCAAAAGCGAUCGAAUCGUGCAGAAAAUGAUGGACCACCGCCGAUCAAAAAACGCAAGGGCCGCCCCGCGGUCUCGUCAAUGGAGGAGGACAACUCGCUCACGUCGAAUACAGGUGGUCCGACGACGCCGACCAAGAACUGGCAACCGCGGGCGGUCAUCGACAUCAAAAUGUCCAGUAUAUACAACCGUACUGCACCGGAAGCACCGGCUGAAUUGUUUAGGAAGGAUCUUAUCAGUGCCAUGAAGCUACCUGAUUCGGAACCACUGGCCGCCGAUGAGUACUGGGUCAUCAACGAUCAGUGGAAACAGGAGUGGGAACGUGGCGUGCAAGUGCCAGUAAAUCCGGACUCAUUACCAGAACCCUCCGUGUCCAUCAUUCAGGAGAACUUCUACAAGAAACGACAGGACUUCAAGCUUCCCAAGAACAAGUACAUACGGAUAACGAAGGAUGAGUCAUUCUCGCACGAUCAACACUAUCUAUCGAACACGCCGGCCAUCUCGGAGCAGGUGUGCUACUACGACCUCGACCAGUGCGACGAAGCCUGGUUGAAGGUCUUCAACGGAGAACGGAAUCUAGCCGGACUGGUGCCAGUGACUGACGAGCAAUUCGAAAGGGUCGUUGAAGAACUUGAAGUUCGAUGUUGGGAUAAAAUCCAGGCAAUCAUGAAAAGCGAAGAAGGUCUUGGCAUCGAGUACGACGAAAACGUCAUCUGCGACGUGUGUCGUUCACCGGACUCGGAGGAAGCCAACGAGAUGGUGUUCUGUGAUAAUUGCAAUAUUUGUGUGCACCAGGCUUGUUACGGAAUUACUAACAUCCCAUCUGGUCAAUGGAUGUGUCGAACGUGUUCGAUGGGCCAGAAACCGGACUGCGUACUAUGCCCGAACAAGGGCGGAGCGAUGAAGUCGACUCGAUCCGGGCAGAAAUGGGCGCACGUGUCCUGCGCGCUGUGGAUACCGGAGGUCAGCAUAGGGUCCGUGGACCGAAUGGAGCCGAUUACGAAAAUUUCCAGCAUACCGCCGAGCCGGUGGGCUCUCAUCUGCGUUCUCUGUCGGGAGCGCGUCGGUGCCUGUAUCCAGUGUUCGGUGAAGACCUGCAAGACGGCGUACCACGUAACGUGCGCUUUCCAACACGGCCUGGAGAUGCGUGCGAUCAUCGAGGACGAAAAUGCUGAAGACGGUGUGAAGUUACGAUCGUACUGCCAGAAGCAUGGUGUCCACAAAGGUAAACGCGAUAAUAAAAACUCUAAUAAUAACGCGGGUUCCGCCAGUGAGGAAGAGUCAGGCAACACCGGGGAAGUGAAACGUAAGAAGCGUAAGGACAUGACAUCGGAGGAACGUAAUCAGGCUAGGGCUCAACGUAUGCAAGAGAUCGAGGCCGAGUUCGAUAAGCAUGUCAGUGUUAAAGAUAUUAGUUGUCAUUUGUUAGAUGUUGAUCAGGAAGCUAUUCACUACAUUUAUAACUACUGGAUACUGAAGCGCAAGUCAGGCCAUAAUCGUCCACUCUUGCCGCCUAAAUCGGACGAUGUGGACAUGGUUGCCCAGAAUCAAGAACAGGCGGAUGAUCUAGAGAAGAUGAAAAUGUUUGUUCACCUGCGGCAAGAUCUCGAACGGGUUCGUAAUCUGUGUUAUAUGGUUAGCCGGCGAGAGAAGUUGUCUCGGUCAUUCUUUCGCAUGCGGGAACAAACGUUUCACAAACAGAUCGCUGCCCUCAAUCGGGGACCCAAUGACAAGAAACCUUUAGACGAAUCUACAAUCGAUGUUAUCAUGCAAGCCAACCAUGGUCCUACGAUAUAUGAUAGACUAUAUUCAAGUGAUUCCGUUAGUAAUAGGGCAGUAAUGAGUUUAGAAGAUAUGUUAGAACGAAUAAUUGGUGUACAUAGUAGUAGCAGUUCAGGUAGCAGCAGUAAGAUAAAUAACCGUAAACAGCAGCAGCAAAAUGAAAAAUCAAAGGAGGGUAUCGUGACCACUGGCGGCAAGAAACAUACUGAUGUUAAUGGAAUGAAUAAAAGUACGUCUCAACGAUCGACCACCAAUAAGCAAGAUAAUCCUUACAAACGGACCUACAUUAACGGUGCAGCGCGGCGAAGUGUUAGUGAUAUAUCUAGUGAAAGUGACAACCAUUCUCGGCGAAAUUUGAGUACAAGUGCAAGUUCAGCAGAGGAAGAAGACGUCAAGAAGAGUUCACCACCAGCGUCGAAGAAGAAAGCCCGCCAAACCAAGGCAGCUGAUAGGAAACGAAGAAAAGUUAGCUCAUCGGCCGAGAAAACCCGAACCAACUCAAUGGAAAGCUCCAGCGAAGAUGAAGGUAACGAACGUCUCAAGGGACCAGCAAAUGCUGUGCCCGAAGGACAAUCAUCUAAAAAGGCUAAUCAAUCUCGGAAUCAGUCUCUUCGCCAAAUGGAGCGAGAGCUGGUUGACGAUCGAAUGCAUUUGUCCGAUUCUAACGAUAGUGAUGAAAUUGUUCCGAUAGUACCUCGAACCGGUCGUCCAACGACCGGAUCGAACACCUACGCGAAUAAUAAAAUGUCCAACAUCUACUCUGAUUCGGACAGCACCGAUAAGGAUAAGACUGAUAAUACGGCAAGCGACUCGCAGCAGCAUCCGUUCCGUACCAAAGCUGCCAUGAAAGAAUUCAAUUUAGCAGAAGCUGAUCGGCUCAAGCAAAAGUCAGUGUCACCAGCCAAGUCGACAAAAUCAUCGACUGCAGUUGUAGCACCGAUUACAGCUAUCCCACCCGCAGCUCCUCCGACAAAGGCAGAAACUAAAAAGUUAUCUGCAGAACCGGUUGCUGUAACGGCGACAUGUGGUAGCAGCACUAGCAGCGGUUACGCUUCUUCAAAUAAACCCGCUAAAGAAUCAGCCACUGCAACUGGUGGAAGGAAGAAGCAAGAGAAAGAUGCCGCCACCAGCAAACAGCAAAGCAAAAAAGAAUUCAUGGCUGACUUCCUUGUGGUGCCUCAGCGCGAAGCUGCUAAGAAGGCAUCUGAGAAUUUGAUGAAAACCAACCUUGUUCCACCAGUGCAAUCAACCUCGCAAACCACCCCGGCCAUCGGAAGUCAACCACCAGCUACUACGCCUAGCAGUAGUAGAAAAGAUCUGAAAGAAAGUCGAGAACCUGCUCCGAUCAUUAGCAGUAGUAGCAGUAGUAGCUCCAGCAGCAGUAGUAGCAGCAGCAGUGGAAGUACAAGUUCCGUUGGAAGCAAUAGUAGCAGCAGUAGUAGUAGCAGUAGUAGCAGCAGCAGUAGCAGUGGCAUCAGUACCGGAAGCGGUACGAAAGAUGCUGAAACCAAACCAUCUGCAAAACCUGCCAAAGAAAUUACGGCGGAAGUACCUCAGAAGGCAACUACUGCUGCAGCUAAAAGAAGUAACAGCAAAGCAACAAAACAGAUCCAAUCAACUGCUGUGGUGGAACCAACACCCAAAGCCGCUGUCGAAAAAGAUCGACCACCAGUUGAGAAGGACAGCAAACGAGAAAAAUUGCCUGCAAAAGAACGUGUGGUGUCUAAGGAAAAAGAACAGGAGGAUCCCGAAAAAGAGAAAGCGAAUACCGAAAAAUUGCGAGAUAGCGCCAAGGAAGCAUCACUGUUGGAAAUGUUGGCGUAUGUUCCGCAACGACAGGCAGCGAAGAAAGCUGCAGAGCACAUUAAAAGCGGAAUGGGCAAACCUGCCGAUGCAAAUGCAGCUCAACCGACUGUUGCCCAGCCUCCAGCUACCACAGAGGAACGUCCAAGUAAAGCAACAGCGAAAGCACCUAUCCCGACCGCAGCAAGCCGGAAGGAAGAAAAUAAAGCUUCCACUCCUUCCAGCAGUUCUAGCUCGGAAACCAGUUCGUCUUCGUGUUCGAGUUCAAGCAGCUCGGAUUCGGAUAGCGACGAAGAAGAGGAAGAAUCUGCCAGCAAGAAGACACCGACGGCCCCAGUGCCAACCAAGGCCGCUGCUAAGGGUGCGCCGGCGUCACUUGCAGGCAAAACAGCAGCUACAGCUGCCGCGAAGAAGACAGAUCGGCAGAUGCCCUUUCUUGACAAGAGUAAAUCUUCCGAGUCUGGUUCCAGUUCUUCCUCGUCUGACAGUGACUCCGACUCCAGCAGCAGUCAAAGUGAUGACUCGACGCGAUUACAAACAAAAGAAAAUCGAAGAAAAUCAAUAUCAGCAAAACGAGAAGCUAGUCCUAAGAAACAAGUCGGUCGAAAGGAAUCCGAGUCCGGAAAGAAAGGUGCACCCGCUACCGAGGUUCCUGCAGCAGCAGCAGCAGCUUCAGCAAGCAAAUCGACUGCAGCCACACGUGCAGCUGAUAAGGCUUCAGCAGCCGCUAAAAGAGAACAAUCACCACCAUCACUUCCGACCAGAUCUUCAGCUGCAACAACAGCAAAGCAGCAGCAGCAGAGCAAGACUUCGUCCAUACCAGUCGAAUCUCAGUCGCCAAAUAGCAGCAACACUGCGACCGCCGCAAAAUCUACCCCACCAGCAAAAGAUAAAGUGUCUAACGAUCGCACCCGAGCUGCUGACCUGCUCAAAUCGGGAGAUCAUCCUAAGGGUGCCGUUGGCAGCAAAAUGAUCCCCAACCGCAGGAACUCGUGUCUCAUUACGCCAAACGAGAUCAAACCGCCACCACCAGCAGUAGAGGCUCCCAGCAAACUGGCAUCUAUCCGGAACCGAAGAAAGUCCGUUUUCGUCGACUUUGAAUGGGAGAAGAAGGAAAAGGAACGACUAGCGGCCGAGGCCGAGAAGAUGAUCAAGGAAGCUCAGCAGAAGAAAAAGGCGGAGAAGGCUGCAGAAGAAAAACGAUUGGCGGCGGAGAAGGCAGCCGAGGAGAAGCGAUUGGCAGAAGAGAAGCGAUUAGCAGCGGAGAAGGAGGCAGAAGAGAAGCGUAUAGCCGAAGAAAAGCGGUUGGCCGAAGAGAAACGUAUAGCCGAAGAAAAGCGAUUGGCCGAAGAAAAGCGGUUGGCCGAAGAGAAACGGCUAGCAGAAGAAAAGCGGCUAGCGGAAGAGAAGCGGCUGGCGGAGGAGAAGCGGCUUACGGAAGAGAAACGACUAGCUGAAGAAAAACGAUUAGCCGAAGAGAAGCGUCUAGCUGAAGAAAAACGAUUAGCGGAAGAAAAGCGGCUAGCGGAAGAGAAGCGACUUGCGGAAGAGAAGCGACUUGCGGAAGAGAAGCGACUAGCGGAAGAGAAACGACUGGCAGAAGAGAGGCGACUGGCAGAAGAAAUGAGGUUAGCUGCCGAAAAGGCUGCCGAAGAAGUGCGACUGGCAGCCGAAAGGGAAGCGGAAGAGAAGCGAUUGGCAGCUGAAAAAGAGGCAGAAGAGAAACGAUUAGCUGCAGAAAAGAUUGCGGAAGAGAAGCGUCUAGCAGCCGAGAAGAAAGCAGAAGAAAAACGAUUGGCAGCUGCCGCAAAGAAAGCCGCAGAAUUGCAGGAAGCGGAGCUUAGACGGAUUGCUGCUGAAAAAGCAGCAAUUCUUGAAAAGGUCAUGGCGGAGGAGAUUCUGGCUAGUCAGUCAACACUGCAGCAGAAAUCUAGUCGGAAGGAAGCCGAAGCGGUGGGAACUGAUAGGCGGAAGCGUGAUAGAAGUUCUAGCCGAGGCAGACCUGGUUCGAAUGUCGCUGCUCGUAAAGAAAAAGAAGAUAUAAUACUCAUUGAUGAUUCUUCGUCACGAAGCAGUAGCGGCAAGAAAGAGGAAGACAUAAUGGCGCGUUCAUUGUUUAACAUGGAAAGGGUGGAGGCUGAUAGUAAAAAGGGCAAGCACUCGUAUGAUGAAGCUAAACCCUCUGCAGCAACACUUGAUGUUGCAUCUGUUAAAGAUGACACAAGCGAUCAAUACUCACAAAGUCCUAUUAUUAGUGACGCAAUUAAAUUUAAAGCAAAUGUAAAUGAAUUGUCUAGUAAAAACGAUAUUAUCAAACCGAUUGGAACAACCAAAAAUGAGGAGACGAAAACGAAAGAAGAGGUUGAACACAGUGUUCGAUCAGCGAAAGACAAGUCUAAGGUUCGGCAGGCCGACAGUAAAAAAGACAUCGAGAUUAUUUCGCUGGUUGACGACUCACGAUCCAAUGAUGGUCGAGAUGUGGUCAUCGUGGAAGAUGGUUCAAACGACACUAGCAAGAUCGAAAAAAUCGAAGAAGGAACCAGGAGUCACAAGGUUAAGGGUGUACUGGUUGAACCGCCCUUGAUGGAUAUUCCCCCGAUUAACACGGUUGGGCCGUCUGUUGAGGAGAAGAAACAGUUUGAAAUUGAAUCUUUGGCAAUGGCCGUUGUACCACAGGAAGCGACUGCUGUUCCCGUCACUAGUUCGUCGUUCCAGCAGGCUUCCAAUAUGGAAAACAUUCCAACUACCGCCAACAGUAUGAGCAACGUUAUGAACAAUUUCACUAGUAGUAGUAGUAAUAAUAACAAUAGCAAUAAUUCGGCUUCCAACAAAGAUGCUGGAUUGAAUACAACCGGAGGAGGUUUGUGUCCGUCGAUAUUCGACCUGCUGCUGCAACCGGAAUCUGAUACGUUCGGAUUGAAUCAACCUUUGAGCUUCCCCUUCAUGGAGGAUUGCAAGGAAGAUACGCAACGUGAAACGUUGAAUCUGGUUGAAAAAUUGCGGCAAAAAUACAAGAAAGGAUCAAGCAGUGGCCAAGGCGGUAAACAUGAUGACGUGAAAGAUCGGUCAGACAUUAUUUCAUUGGAUGAUGAUGCCAAACUGUUCGAUACUGGCAAUCAGCACGCCGGGCUCGAUUUCAACACAACCGGUAAAGACAUUCCUGCUAUUGCGCAAACACUUGAAAAGAGUAAACCAUUGUCAAACAAUGACAUGGAAUACUUCAACAAGUUCAAUACGAGUGAAGAUGUGGAGAAUUCGUUACAUCACAAUAAGAAGAACCUCAUGGAGGAUCAUCUUGAUCAUCUCACAAGCAGACCAUCCGAUGAACGGUGGGUACCUCCGUCAAUGUUACAAGACCACAAUCAACAACGACACCAUCAACAACAACAGCAGCAGCAACAACAACCUCCAACUACUAUGAACGAUAAUCGAACGUUGUUACAUCAGCAACAGCAGCAGCAAUCACAACCACCUCCGAGUUGCAUGGAAGCAGCGGCGGCCUUACUCAACAGUCAAUCUUCCGCUGGCAAUCAAAAGCAACCUUCACAUCUAAGCGCUCAAGUAUCCGGACUAUUCGAUGCCAUGGUACAGCCACAGACCAACCAUCAUCAGCACCCCCAUCUUGAUGACAUCAAUCAAUUGCAAGGGUUGGACUUUAUGCAGCCUAUCAAAGGUGUUGCGAAUCAAAACGAAGCUACCUCACUGCUUUUCGAGAAUCUUCAGCAACAAACCCAACAACAGCAGCAGCAACAGCAACAACCACAGCAUCCUCAACGUCGAUGGAAUGACAUGGUGCAAAACCAGAAGAAGCAUGAAUGUUCCGUUAUGCAGGAGAAGGAAAACAUGCUUCUCAAGCAACAGCAGCAGCAACAACAGCAGCACCAUGAUCUCAAUGCUAACAAUCAUCGAAAUAAGCUCAACGAUCUCAACAACUUCAUGGACAUUCAAAACCAAUUGUCACAAGCUCAACCUCAACAGCAACAACAGCAGCAACAACAACCGCAACAACAGGCAAAUAACACCAUCAAUCCGUUGGAGCAGUUCAACUUCAAUGAAACGACACAGUAUCCAGGUGCGGUGGCACUAUUUCCCCCGGCCAAUGUACAAGUUCCUUUUCCGUCUCCCGGGACGGCCAUGUUCCCACCAAACUAUGCUUCCAACUUCCAAUCCGGGAAACAACAGCAACAACCUCAUCAUCCAAUGUUGCCAACGGCAGCUGCUGGCGGUCAACCACAGCAACAGCAGCAGCAACAACAACCACAAAAUGCUCCUCAACAGCCGCAACAAUCGCAAUCCGUUCUUGUUGGUGGUGCUAAACCAGACGAAAUGGUAGCGCAGAAGAACUUAUGCGGCGCCACCUUCACCUCAUCGUCGCACAACAUUGCUCUAACGGAGGCUAUUGUGUCGCCACCUACACCUCAUCAACAGAAACAACCGUUGACUCCCCAGAUGGCAGCAGCGUCUCCGCUUGCGAACAUGGUUUCUCCUGCCAAUCAGCAACAACCAACACCGGAGCAUAAUUUCAUGAUGAACCACUCGCCGGGAAUGAUGGGUCCUCACACUCCGCAGAUGCAACAGCAGCGUACACCUCAGCAGGACAGCUCCGGUAUACUGCAGUCGUUGGAUCAGAAUAGUGGUUCUAAGAAGUCCCCCACCAAAUCGUCUCGAUCUUCCUCGCGAAUACAGCAAAAUCAAGUCCAUGAAGCUACAGCACUUGGCCAUAUGAAAUCACCGGCCAAUAUCAGCCCUGGCAAAAGUCCCAAAACUCUCGAUGCAAAGCAGCAACAACAGCAAUCGCAACUAUCGCAGCCACCUUCGGUGGUUGGUGGAAAAGGUAUCGGUAAACCGGAAGGUGGUGCUAAGCGAGGUCCUCGAGGGCCACGAACCAACAGUCAAAGUCAAAGGGGCGGUGCAGCUGCCAAAAGUAAAAAUGGACGUCAGUCCCGGGGUGGUCGACAGCAGAUCACUUUCAUUCCACAGUUGCCUCAUAAUGACUAUGACUUCAUGGGAGGUACCAUACAUAACAAACUAAUCGGAACUGUGUACGAUCCAGACUUUGAUGACGAUCUUGCAUGUAAUAGCAUGGAGAAAUUGCGGGAUAUGCGCGAUCGGAGGCGGUCAAUCGACUGUCGCAUGCCAGAUUCAUUCAGGGCGUCACGCGAACCUUCCAAAUCGCCCAAAUUCCCAAGUCUCAAUCUGUAUUCGUCGCAAAACAGUGCCCUUGGUGGUAGCAAACAGAACCGAUCUUCGUUUACUCCUACCUCGAUGCAGUCGAGUUUGGGUUCGGGGAUGGUGCCGGGAGCGGAUAUCAGUGUGACGCAGCCAAGUGUUUCGACGAGACUUCAGGACAUGGUUCAAACCGUACUACCCGGACCGGUGGAUAUGCGAACGUACAACAGUGGAUUCGAUUCCUCUGCUGCUAACACGGACGCGUUCAACAAUCACUUGCUAGGAGCGUUUGCCAGCGGUACAGCAGAUCAAACGCUGGUAGAUAUUGACGAAGAUAUGGAAAACGAGCUCCAAUCGGCGUUGAAGGCCAGUAACAACAAAGUGGACAAAACACCCGCCGCGGCAACUGUGACCCUAUCGGCAGUAUCGACCGAAUCUUCCAGUACGACGACAACCCUGACCAACUCAGCGGCUGCUGCUUCGGCAGCGGUACUGACUGUGGGAUCCACCUUGCUGGAACCAGUUGAACCGCCUCAGGAAGAAACUAACGAUUCGGAUAGCAUCGUAACGAAAGUGUCACUGUCCGAUUCCAGAAACAUCAUGAAAUUGAAGAUCAAGGGACCACUAGCGCAGCUGGAUAACAGUUCAUCGUCAUCUACGGCUACGCUGCAGCAGUCUAACGUGUUGGAUCCUAGCUUAACUGCGCCCAACAUGUCUACGCCUAUGAUCGGAGCUGGUGUGGGAUCAUCGAAUCUUAGGAGAAUGCGUAAGAAAGAAUUGCUGCGACAGUACUGGACCCAGGACAUGAACCAUGACGAUCAAAGCGGUCUGCAAGUUGUAGAUCAGAUUCCAACCUUGUCUUUGACUACGUCAAUCAGCAGGACUGUUGGCAUACCGAAGGCAGUGGAUUCGCUGUGUACAAUCCCCACCAAGGACGAUUACAAGGACUACGGCGGGGUUGACUUCAAGAAACGCAAGAAGCUUUCCUCCAAUAUGUCACGAGAACUGCGUGGCCUAGUACCAACUGAGCACGAGAUCAACGAAAGGCGAAGAAGCGUUGGAUCUACGGGAAGCAACGGAUCGAACAGCAAUCUGGCGGCGGACAUUUCACCGGUCGUGAAGCGAAGAUCCAGAACCAACCGAACCACCACAGUGACAGCUGUGAAUCAGCCGCAGGCGGCUCCCAAACUUAAAAUCAAAAUCGGUUCUGACGUGGUGGAAGCUUCCGGAUCGUACAGCGAUCGCAUUCGACCACCCAAGAAGAGGCUAGCCACUGCAAUGGCACCGCCCAGCUUGGAGGAUCUACGUCGGGAUGCGAUGAUGUUUGCUGAGCAAAUGAUGUUCGAGGACGAGGAAGAGGGCAGAAAGUCCAAGAAGCACAAAAACAAAGACAAAGAACGAGAUCGAGAGCACAAAAAGCGCAAAAAGGAAAAGAAGCACAAGAAGGAAAAGGGCGAAAAGGUGGAGAAGGUGGAAAUCAUCAACAAAUCGGAUGAUGCUCCGCGAAUUGUGAUACGACUUGGGGUAAAGAAACCGUCCGCACCGGAUGAAGUGAUGAAUGCCACUAUACCGGACCCAAACCGAAGCGGGUUCAACUCUCCGGAGGUGGAUCCGUUAGCGUUAGAUCCAGUUGAGCUUGAGCACUCUAACGACAACAGCAAUUGCAGUAGUGGCAUCAGCAAACCUCUCAUCACUCCGAUUCGGCUCAAAUUGGCGCGCAAUUCCGCCGGUGGAGGAUAUGUGAUGUCGUCGAAGAACAAGGAUUCCGACAAGGCAACACAUCCACCGACAUGCGAGGAAACCAAGACCCUUAACAUCGUCCUUCCGAAGCUGGAUAUCCCGCUGAAUAAGGAGUUGAUGGACCUGAGCGCUGUCGCUGGGGAUAAACCAAAUUCGGAUGCGGCCACUCCUCCUCCCGAAGGACUCUCCUCGUUCGGAACGAGAACAGACACUGAUUCCCCGUCGGCCGGGAACAACAGGCUGCUCGAACUGAACAAAUCCAUCGUCGAUCUUGGUGCAAUGUCUUCGUCAUAUUCCUCUUCCACAUCGUCUACCGCCAUGUCUUUCAAUUGUCUUGCUGGCAAUAGCAGUGGGACAACAGCAGCUACCGGUGCGUUCAGUUCUUUUGGGCCAUCGUCGCAGCAGGAACAGCAAUCGCAACAGUCACAGCAAGAACACACUGAACUCAACGCCAACGGUGGCGGCAAGGACUGCGAAGUCAGAUGACGGUUCGUGUAAAUAGUCGUGUAAAUGUUUCAUUGUUGUGUGUGGUCGUCAUCAGUCAUCAAGUCAAAAAUUGUGCAUAUUGUUUUUUUUUUCUUUGUUUUGUCUCCUGUUGGUACUAUAUAAUUGAGGAUAUUUUGUUUUCUAUCGUGUAUAAGUCGUGUACAGUGUCUUUGGAAGAGACGAGACGUCCAGCAAAGAAUGGCUUAACAAAAUGUGGAAAGGGAAAUAUUUUCCCGACCACUUUAAAGUGUAUUUUCUAUAGCUUUUCGAACGCAAACACAUCUACUUCCUGUUUUCUGUGAGAGAGUGAGAGAUGAUGAUGGUACAUAAAGUUUAUUCUGUUUUAAAAGUUUAUUAUUUUUUAUAGGUUAUAGGAGAAACCAUUUGUUCAAAUGCAAACACAACUUACCCGGUAAGGAAUACAACAGCUAAGCUACAAAACAAACACACACUCAGCCCCCCUCAACCAAUAGUCUUCAGAGGUGUUUCAUGUUUUCGGGGAUUCCUCUAGAUUGUAUGAUGUUUUUUUCCGUUCUUAGUAGUGGCCGGGAAGAGCGAUAUUCAUUCUUUUAGUUUUCUUUACUUAUGUUUACUUUCCAGCCUUCUUUCUGAAAGCAGUCGUGGUGAAAUAAUCAAAAAGAAACUUGAAUAUCAUUUCAUAAUGAAGCAUACCGUCACUACGUUAAUGCUAUAUUUUGCUUAAUUUUUGAACAGUUAGUUU